AUGAAUAAUAUUUUUGAUUAAUUCAUUACAAGGUUUUCUUUAGACAGUUUAGAUGAAAAUCCCAUAUUGAUAAAAAUAUAGAUCUUUUUUAGAGAUAUAGCAAAACACUAUAAUCAAGAUCAUAGAUUUAAAAUAAGGAGGCCAAGCUAUAUAUUCAUUUUGCUAAUAUUUUUGGCGAUAUUGAUUACAAUUGUUAAGCUUUUUUAGUCAUUAAUUUUGAUUUUAUUUGUAGUUUGGAAAUCCUUUUUAGUAAUUUGAAAUUUAUUCAUUUAGACACUAAAAAUAUCAAAAUCCUAAGAGUGUUUAACACUUUAAUUAAAGAAUUGGGUCUUUUUGGCUUUCCUUUUGUUGUUUCAUCAAUGUCUAUCAAAGUUAGAUCUUAUUCCUCCUUUUAUCUAAUUAUUUUUAUACAACUUUCCAUGGUUUCAAAAUUCAAAGUAAAUAAAUAUCGAAAUAUAGAUAUACGAUUAAAUUAUUUGAAUUGUUAAAUUAAAAACUGCCUGAAAGAAUUAAAACAUUGCUUUAUUAGGAACAAUAAGAAAAAGCUAGUAAUUAAUAUAGAAUUGAAUAAGAGGUUUUAAAAUAUAAUAGAUUAUAUUUAAGAAUUUGA